AUGGCUACAAGAUACAAAGUACCAACAGUUGAAUCAAUCAUCGAAGAUUCCGAAGAUGAAUCAAGGGACGAUGUAAGGGGUACCGAACAAGAAUGCCAGUCGAGAAUAACUCGUCGUCAACAUCGCUCCAUUCACGAUUCUAACAUGUCGUCUUCACCUACAAAAGCAAAUAUUAGUAGGGAAAGAGAUAGAUCGCGAAGGAUGCAUAAAUCUACUCCAAGUGGUGGUGGUGGCAGACAUUCUGCAUCAAAACCGAAACCCAAGAGUACAAAUGCGAAGCGCCCAAGUGGAUCAUCUUUAAAAGGAAAUGAAAUCGAGGGGCAACGUCUUCGUCAAAAGCCUACACAACCGAACCGAAAUUCAAGCUCAUCAUCAUCAUCGUCAUCAAGUUCUUCCGAUGAAGAGGAACAUGUACCUGAUCACAAAUCGAUCCUUGCAGCUUCAAGAGCAAAAUUAACAUCACCAUCCAUGAUAUCGAACUUAACAUCUUUAACUUCGACAACAAAUAAAUCUAGUAGCUCAAGUGGUAGUAAUUCGACGGUAACUCAAGCUUCUAUCACGAAACGAUCAUCUUUCGGAAAUGAAAAUGAGUCUAAAAUAGAGCCUCUAUCACCAGCUGUACCAUCUCCUCCAAAUGUAUUUCUAUAUUUGCAACAAGACUCUGAUGGAGAAGAGGUAGAAGAGGUAGAAGAGGUAGAAGAGGGGGAGGAGGAAGAGGGGGAGGAGGAAGAGGAUACAUCCAAGUGGUUAAUUGACCAUGGCGAUAAAGACUUCACCUCGGUAUCACGUCCACAUACACCCGAAGAGCAUCCCAGUGGUCCUUCUUCCAUAUCGAGUAGUCUCCACAGCGAUGAUUUCUCGGCGCCAGAAGCCGAUGUCGAUACAGACAGGAGUACAUCCCCAGAAAGAAGUGUUCGUGGCCGAGAAAACUUGCGAGUUACCACACAUUCGAAAGAUGCAUCAAUCAAGUUAGCAUCUCAAAUGGCAGCCGCUAAUCAACGACAAAAUUAUUACGGAGCAGCCCCAUCAUUCGGACCGCCAAAAACACAUCAUCGCACAGAUAGUAAUCCACUCUCUCCAUCCGAUCUUGAAACACCCCGCAAUCAACAUCCCCCCAAACAUGUACUCCCUUCUCAGAUUGAUCCUAACGUUACAGGCUACGAACUUCUCGCCUCUCGCUUAUCGUCAUCUUCCCGUUCCGGUUCCGAUACGGUAGUCGAAGAUCGUAUCAAACCCAUGUAUCGAAAAUUUGAAGCUUUGAAUCAUCGUCUUCUCCUUCAUCUUCAAGAUGAAGUAAGCGAACUCGAAGAACAAUUACAGAGAUUAGAUAAGGCCGAUACGGAAUCCAGAAGAUUACGACAUACUGGUAAUGGUAAUGUAGGAAUAGAUGUAGUCCCUGCAUCGAGAAGAGCGAGUGAACAAAUGGGUGGUGAUUUACAGUGGCAUAAAACGGAUGUAUUGGGGAGGAUUGGUUAUAAACUGGCUCAAUACAAUCAAACUUUAACCUCCUUUCACUCUCUUCAAUCUCUCCCUUCCGCCUCCCAACCAGAUAUUACCCAUUAUCGAGAAUACCUUCAAAACGCGCGUCCUAUAACCGAAGUAGAAACAAGAUUUCUAGAUCCAAAAGUUGAGGAUGAUUUAGUUUCUGUCGCUUCAAGUUCUUCGCGUUCCAGGAGUCAAGGUCGACAUCAAAUUGGUGAUCAACUUAUCCGUCAUAGACGUUCAGUGCCAUCAUCUUCAAUAUCAGAUAGCAGUGACGAAGACCAUCCGAUUGAAAUAACACCCACAAGUACUACAAUCGACUCACCCCUCCAUUCACUUCGUCCAACGGAGAGACAUCUUGCGGUGGGCGGCAAUACCCACACGGAAGAUUUCCCAACCCUGGCAUUUGCAAUCGCCAUCUCAAUCCUACUCCCAAUCUUAACAUUCGCCACGAUCCCAACUUUUCUAGGUAGAAUGACGGUGGUUUGCUUGGUAGGCUCGGGGAUUGUGGGUGCCCUGGUGCAAAGUGGUUUUAUGGAUCUUGGUUAUUUCGUUCGAGAUGCAACGCAAUUACGAGACGAGGAGUUUAGUAGGGGAAAGAAAGAAAGGAAGGAACGAAGAGAAGUUGGAGGAACGACAAUAAAGUCUUGGGAUGAAGGAGUUGAGUUGGUUUACGUCACAGUUCUUUCUGUUCUUCAAGUUUGUUUCGAAUAG